AUGGUUAUUCGCAUCAGCAUGACAUCGACCAUGGUUUUGACCAACGCGAUCACCAUGCAGCGAACAAAGAAGGCGCGGAAGGAGAAGCAAGUCAAGGUCCAGCCCUUGAAGUCGUCCGGUUCCCGCUUCUGGUCCGACAGCGCUGACAUCGAGCAAAUGCACAUGGAUGAGGUCGCAUUGGAGGCACACGUCAACUUCCUUGAGGCCAAGGACAAAGGUGAAGUCAAGACUCUCGAGGACUGGCUAGCAAAAGACAACAACCACAGGUGGUCCACCAAGUACCUCGCUCAUAAGCAGUCCAUGGAGAUCAAUAUCGCGGUCAGCAAACGUGAUAACAAGGACCAGCUCGCAUUCGGAGAUCACAUGCUGAAGAAGUACUGUCCUGAUCGCCGGUACAAAGAUUGCUGCUGGGAUCCUGUACUUGCGGAAUGGAAUCGGAGCGAGAUAUUUCAUACUGUACAUCUCUUUCCACAUCGUUUCAGAGACUCGAUGGACACAAUUUUCGGCCCGGGUACUGUCAAGGAGCUGUUCAAAGCGCAGAACGGCCUCUUCCUUCAUAAGGACAUUGAACAAGCCCUGGAUGACGGCGUGCUGGCUAUCGUGCCGGAUAUUGAUCUGGAGCCCGCUGACCUCGAUUUUCCCUUGAAGGAACCCGAGGAGCGCAAGCAGCGCCUGCGCGAUUGGGAGAAAUCGGAGGUGAAGGAGUACAAAAUUAUCGUUAUCGAUCCUUCCCAUCCGACCCUCACCGAAGAGAAGACACUCAGCUUCAGUCAAGGUAUUCACACUCUUCUUGAGCUUCAUGGACGUAAGGUCAAGUUCCUCACCGACUUUCGUCCUCGUGCUCGAUACAUCUGGUGGGUACCCGACGUGGCCAAUGCCAUCACCAAGGAGAUUCGUGCGGGUAUUUGCUGCUGGGGUGCACCUGGCACAUACAUCACCCGCAAUGUGUUGGAGUCAUUCAUCAUCUCGAUUGGACAUGACGCCAGGAGCUUUGUCAAGGGCGAUGAGGACCAGAAGAAGAAGAUGAUAAAGCCGGACUACUGCGCCCUGAGUCUGAUUGCCCACGACCAUGCCUUCCGCAACAUCGACUAA